AUGGCUGGGUCCUGGCCACGCUGGAGCAGGGAUGUCGGUGUGGCUGCAAGUCGAGAGAGCGAUAACCACGCGACCCAGCCGCUAAAAGAGACCGGAGACCAGCCAAGACGCAAGGAGGGCCGUUGGCUGGAUGUGAUGUGUGAUGGGAUGAGGGGAGCACGGGCAAUGUACGGAUCGCGAUGGAAGAAGUCAAAUCCACAUGAAAAUGCCAAAAAGGAAGAAGCAGGGAAGGGGGUGGGAUUAGCGUGCAGAGAAGAUGCAGCCGACAGGGAAGCUACAGUAGAUCGAAGGCACUUAGGCAUAGCAUCGGGCAUGGAUGGGGAGGGGGAAGCAAUAAUAGUCGGAGACGAGUAUAAGCUUGUCUGGUCAGUCGGUGUAGCCAAGAACUGUCACAGCUGCCCCGUUCGUAACGCCCGAGGGGGUAACUGGCGGGGGGUUGGCACUUCAUCACAGUGCAGCCAAGAUCCAUCUCUUCUCCCUUGA